AACGCGCACAACUAACUUUGGGCACAACCGCUGGCCAGUAGAUAAUAUAGGAUAGUCUACCCGUCGCACAGUGACAGAACUGAGACGAAAGGUUGAAGGAGGCCAUUUGAAAUCGGACCUUCAACAUCAUUCUCACUCUUGUUCGACUGCAGAGGACUGGGCACAAUUGUUAUCAACAAAUUCAAUUUUCAACAUUUGUUCUUGGGGGACUUUUAUGCAAAAUGAACCAAAAGAAUUUGAUGCUCUUUCAAUGUGUGCUCCUGUUGUGCCUGGGCACCUGUCUAAGCCAAAGGGACUGUACAAGCGUGGAUUGUCCAGUGUUGGACAACUGCAUUGAGGAGGAUUUGGAGAAGGGCGCUUGCUGUGCCACCUGUGUUAAAAUAGGAUGCUCAUGUGAAGGUUACCAGUACUAUGACUGCAUCCACGCAGGAUUCCGGAAUGGGAAAGUUCCAGAGGGAGAAUCUUACUUUGUGGAUUUCGGAAGCACAGAAUGUUCUUGUCCACAGGGAGGCGGGAGGAUCGGGUGCCAUUUCAUCCCGUGUCCCGAGAUCCCUCCCAACUGCAUCGCUGUCGCGGAACCCACGGAUGGGUGUCCCCAGUGUGAGCGCAUUGGCUGUAUCCAUAUUAACCAGAAAUACGAGGCAGGUCACUCCUUCCAGAUGGACCCUUGUCAGGUGUGUCACUGUCCUAAUGAUGGCGGAAGCCUGAUGUGUUCCCCUAUCCCUGACUGUGACUCUGGUAACGUUAAGAAGCCCAUGAUAGCAACAACCACACAGAACAACGACCCUCAGAGAGACCUCAGCAAACUGCAUGAUAACAAACAGAGAAGCCCGCUAGACCCAUUCGCCACCGCUAACACCUUACCUCUUUACAAAGAGGAGCCAUCUGUCCUGGAUGAAGAUGAGGAUUAUGACUACACACUGCCUGACCCCACAUCUACCUCUCCACAAGACCUAGUCCAGCCAUCAGAAUCUACCACGGUGUCACCAUCCUAUGCUGAGACAAGCUCUUCUCCUUAUGAGAUUUUUAAUGACCUGAGGCAGGAGCUGAGAGAGAGACUAGGAACAUACGAUCAGGAGCGAACAGAGGAGGCGGCCGUUACUGAGGAUCCACAUCACAUAGAUCAGACCACCUCAAGUGAGUCAACAACAUCAACAACUACACAGGAAGUGACCUCAGAGAGCCAAAGGCGUCAACAGGAGGUUGUUGACCGGGACAACAGGCAUCACAGAGACAGUGACAGAAUGAUGAAGAGUGACAGUUCGGAGGACGUCACACCAACUGUCCGUAGUGACAAGGGAGUGAGACACACUGGCCUCCACGAACAAAGAGACAGCCACAGCAGUCACCACCAUGAUGGCAGUCUUUUAUCCCAAAGUCAUGGAAGGCACCUUGAGGAGCAGCGUGAGGAGCCCAGACCUGACCAGGAGUCUUCAUUCCCCACAGAGAAGUUCAGCCCGACCAGCAGAGCUCCUGUCACGAGGGAGGAGGGAGACCAGCUGGCCAGGAGACAGCCCCACACCCUCUUCAACUACCAGGUCCCAAACGAACAGCCUGGAAACACUGAGGUUUCUUCCAAGGAGUUGGUGGAGACCUGCUGUGAGACAGGGGAGAAGUGGGCCUCAGCCCAUGGCCACUGCAGCACCAUGGAGCUCCCCAGAGAGGACAGACACUCCAUCUGUCGGACGGCUCAGAGACAGUGCUGUCUGGGCUCUCUGAAGGAGAGUCGCUGUUUCUCUGGUAUGAAUGCAGCCAGAGAGGGAGUUGUGUGUGAGGUGGACAACAGUGACCAGUGUGGAGUCGACUCCUUCAAGGAGUGUUGUAGCUGCUGCUCUCUGGGGCUGAGGUUCCGUAGGGAGGGCCACCGCUGUGAGGCCCACCAGUACCUGGGCUACCCCUGCAGCCAUGUCUUCCUCACCUGCUGUGAGGGAGAGGAGGAGGUGGCGAGAGAGGAGGGGGAGGGAGAUGGCUUGCACACCCUCAGAGAGAGGCCUGUGCUUGACCCGACCGCAGUGCCAAAGAGAGUGUCAGACAGUCCGUUCCCUAAAGAGGCCUUCUCCAUCGGGGAGGAGGAGGAGCAGGAGAGGGAGAACACGGUGGAGGGCCCUCCUGAGAUGGAGGAUGUAGAUGAGUGCCAGGUUUACCAGGGAACACUCUGCCACCACAGGUGUAUCAACACCCCUGGCUCCUUCAGGUGUGCCUGCUACCCUGGCUAUGUACUGCAGAAGGACGCGGUCAGCUGUGUGCCAGAGACGGUAGAUGAAGAGAACAAGUUGAGAGAGGAUGACAGGCCAGAGGUUGAGGCUACCUCCACCGCACCCUCCACCACUCCAACCUCUGUUAACCCCUGUGAGGGAAAUGGCCUCUGUAUGCAACAGUGCUCCUCAGUGGCUGGUAGACCUGGCUGCUCAUGUUUCCCUGGAUUCUCUCUGAUGGCUGACGGACAAUCCUGUGAAGAUGUUGAUGAGUGUUUUCAGGGGACUCAUAACUGUGGGCCAGGCUUUGAGUGUGUGAACAGUGAGGGCUCGUUCAGGUGUAAUGCCAAACCUCGCUGCUCCAUGGGCUUCACACAGGACACACAUGGAAACUGCAUUGACAUAGAUGAAUGUGGUGUCGUGGGCCAGCCCUGCAGUCCAGGCUUUAACUGUAUCAACACUGUGGGAUCCUACAGCUGCCAGAGGAAGAUCAUAAUGUGUAGCCGGGGUUACCAUGCCAGCCCAGACGGAGCCAGAUGCAUAGAUGUGGAUGAGUGUCAGAGCGCUCUUCACCGCUGUGGGGAGGGACAGAUCUGCCACAACCUGCCCGGCUCCUAUCGCUGUGACUGCCAGACGGGCUACCAGUACGACAUGUUCAGGAAGACUUGUGUGGAUGUGAAUGAGUGUUGGCGCUACCCUGGCCGCCUUUGUGCCCAGACCUGUGAGAACACCCCGGGAUCCUAUCAGUGUUCCUGCACCGCUGGGUUCAGCUUAUCCAGGGAUGGCAAGAACUGUGAAGAUGUGAAUGAGUGUCUAACCAACCCCUGCAGUCAGGAGUGUGCCAACAUCUAUGGCUCCUACCAGUGUUACUGCAGACAGGGCUCCUACCUAAGGGAGGAUGGACACACCUGUGAAGACAUUGAUGAGUGUGCCCAGAGCAUUGGUCACCUGUGUUCCUUUAAGUGUGUCAACGUCCCAGGGAGCUACCAGUGUGCCUGUCCCGAGUACGGUUACACCAUGUCUCCCAACGGACGCUCCUGCAGAGACAUAGAUGAGUGUACCAUCGGGGCCCAUAACUGUUCCUUGGCUGAGACCUGCUACAACAUCCAGGGAGGCUUUCGCUGUCUGUCCUUCAAUUGUCCACAGAACUACCGCAAAUCCUCUGACAUGCGGUGUGAACGACAGAGCUGCCCCAACUUGCUGGACUGUCAGAAUUCUCCUCUCAGGAUCACCUACUACCACUUGAGCUUCCAGACCAACAUCGUCAUCCCUGCCCAGAUCUUCCGCAUCGGCCCCUCCCCCGCCUACUCCGGGGACAACGUCAUCAUCAGCAUCACCCAGGGCAACUUGGAGAACUACUUUAGCACACGGAAGCUGAACGCCUACACUGGCGCGGUGUAUAUGCACAGGCAGGUGCGUGAGCCACGGGACUUCCUGAUUGACGUGGAGAUGAAGCUUUGGAGACAGGGCACCUUCACUACGUUUCUGGCCCGGAUCUAUGUCUUCAUCACGACCAACUCACUCUAACAGACUGGCCCCCAGCCUCACCCUACUUCCACCCUUGUCCCACCCCCUCAAUGGACAGCCCAUCCCCUUCUAUCCCCCUAGCCCUACCCCUCAAUGGACAGCCCAUCCCCUUCUAUCCCCCUAGCACUACCCCUCAAUGGACAGCCCAUCCCCUUCUAUCCCCCUAGCCCUACCCCUCAAUGGACAGCCCAUCCCCUUCUAUCCCCCUAGCACUACCCCUCAAUGGACAGCCCAUCCCCUUCUAUCCCCCUAGCCCUACCCCUCAAUGGACAGCCCAUUCCAUUCUAUCCACCUAGCCCUACCCCUCAAUGGACAGCCCAUCCCCUUCUAUCCCCCUAGCACUACCCCUCAAUGGACAGCCCAUCCCCUUCUAUCCCCCUAGCCCUACCCCUCAAUGGACAGCCCAUCCCCUUCUAUCCCCCUAGCACUACCCCUCAAUGGACAGCCCAUCCCCUUCUAUCCCCCUAGCCCUACCCCUCAAUGGACAGCCCAUCCCCUUCUAUCCCCCUAGCCCUACCCCUCAAUGGACAGCCCAUUCCAUUCUAUCCACCUAGCCCUACCCCUCAAUGGACAGCCCAUCCCCUUCUAUCCCCCUAGCACUACCCCUCAAUGGACAGCCCAUCCUCUUCUAUCCCCCUAGCACUACCCCUCAAUGGACAGCCCAUCCCCUUCUAUCCCCCUAGCACUACCCCUCAAUGGACAGCCCAUCCCCUUCUAUCCACCUAGCCCUACCCCUCAAUGGACAGCCCAUCCCCUUCUAUCCCCCUAGCACUACCCCUCAAUGAACAGCCCAUCCCCUUCUAUCCCCCUAGCCCUACCCCUCAAUGGACAGCCCAUCCCCUUCUAUCCCCCUAGCACUACCCCUCAAUGGACAGCCCAUCCCAUUCUAUCCACCUAGCCCUACCCCUCAAUGGACAGCCCAUCCCCUUCUAUCCCCCUAGCACUACCCCUCAAUGGACAGCCCAUCCCCUUCUAUCCCCCUAGCCCUACCCCUCAAUGGACAGCCCAUCCCCUUCUAUCCCCCUAGCACUACCCCUCAAUGGACAGCCCAUCCCCUUCUAUCCCCCUAGCCCUACCCCUCAAUGGACAGCCCAUCCCCUUCUAUCCCCCUAGCCCUACCCCUCAAUGGACAGCCCAUUCCAUUCUAUCCACCUAGCCCUACCCCUCAAUGGACAGCCCAUCCCCUUCUAUCCCCCUAGCACUACCCCUCAAUGGACAGCCCAUCCUCUUCUAUCCCCCUAGCACUACCCCUCAAUGGACAGCCCAUCCCCUUCUAUCCCCCUAGCACUACCCCUCAAUGGACAGCCCAUCCCAUUCUAUCCACCUAGCCCUACCCCUCAAUGGACAGCCCAUCCCCUUCUAUCCCCCUAGCACUACCCCUCAAUGGACAGCCCAUCCCCUUCUAUCCCCCUAGCACUACCCCUCAAUGGACAGUCUAUCCCCCUAGCCCUAACCCUCAAUGGACAGCUCAUCCCCUUCUAUAUAGAUCUAACACUAGUUUUUCCAGUGUAGAGAAAGGCUCUCUAACCCCAGUUAACCCAAUUCAGCUUAUCAACCAGCUAAUUAUUAGAAUCAGGUGUGCUUCGGGUUGGAACGAAAACAUACAGGAUGGUAGCUCUCCAGGAACAGCGUUGGAGAUCCCGGGCAUUAGCUUGUGGUUGUCUUUAACCCACUAAGACAGGUUGUGUCAGGGCCUCAAUCCAAAUUCUCUCUUUUCUAUCUCCCUUAAGCUGCUGUUCCUUUCUAUCCUCUUGAAGAAUGUUGUACCACUAUGCUAAUUUAAUAUCACAGUAUAUUAUGACAUGUAUUUGUACUUACUGUAUGUAUUAUUCAGACACAUUAGAUAUGACUGGAUGUAUCAUAUUUUGUUUCCGCUAUUUUCAUAAGCUGCAAAUAAUUUUUAGUAAAAAUGAAAACUACACAAACUGUUGGAUGUUCCGUGUCUACCAUAUGACCUAUAACAGUAGCUAUACCCGAUGAACAGAUUCAAAUGAAAUACAAGGCAUGUUUUUUUACACAUAAAGUCCAACUUAAGAAAAGUAUUCAAUUGAAUUGACUUAAAUGUAGUGCUACUCCUGUCUAUGUUCACACAGUACAAGUGAACCCAGAAGUGGUUCCAAUGUUGGCACCAUGUCAGAACAUGUUAUACUGUUAAUAUACAUGCUUAUUUACAUACCUUUUCACACCUCCCUAGUGAGACCACCACCGUGAGAGAGGUCUUUAUUUACACGGGCUUACUGACAAUAUCAACUAUAAAGAACACACAUGUUUUAUGAUGACUAAUCAAAACCAGGGCUAUUAUCAUAGUGUGAAAUGCAUGUAAUAAAAGCCUAUUAUCUUAUGUAUUAUAACAUAAUGAAUCACCGUGUGAAGCAGAUGAUUUAAAGUAGCUGUCCAGUGUUUCCAGAUUUCUAUGAAUAAUUCAUUACAAUAUGAGUGAAUGUUUUUUUUUACCCCAACUCUGAUAUUGUAGCACUUGUUGAAAGAGUAACAUCUCCAUCUACAGGAUAUAGUGUGCUCAACACUCAUGAUUUAGUUCUACGCCAUUGCUGCAAGGCUGGAAUUCAAUCCAACUCACAAUGGCAAUGUAAAAGAUGUGUCAUAAAGGCAUGGCCUUUUGAGCCAAAACAGGUUGUUUAUUUUUUUCACAAUCAAAUGGUUUGUUACUAAACCAAUUCGUACAACGUGUUACACAUUUGUUGUGGUUAAGAUCUCGUUCAAUCUCUUUAAGUGUAUAUUGACAAACUUCUGCCCAUGUACACUACCUGGUGAAGUGGGAGGUUUUCACAGAACCCAAAUUCAUUCUGUGGUUUUAUAUGACCAUGGCACAAACAACUGCUGUGUAAAUACCACAAUGUAGGUUUGAUUUGAUUUUUAAGGUCAGAAAGAGUGUAGAAUUCACAUCAAUUCUACAGAAUGUGGGACUAAUAUUAUUAGAAUCUCAGAAUAUAAACCUUUUGAAAUGGAGUCGAUAAAGGAAGAUAAGAUUCCCUACCUCUUUGUUUAUUUUCUUCAGUUUGAGUUAAGGUCAUCUUCUCCUCGAGCUAUGGGCUCUGAGGACCUUACGAUUGUAAACACGGAAAGGGUGUGAGUGGCUCCUGGACAACUGUAUUCAUGUAUAUUGCACAUCCAAACAGAAACGUUUGCCAGUUAUCUGCUCACAAGAAUGAGUUAUAUUUCCAAAGGUCAUUUCAACAAAAGAAUCUAAAUUACAUUUUGUUUUCCACUCUCCCUUGUCUAAUUUUAGUCUAGAGCUCUUUGCUUGGCUCUGAGAGCAAAUGUGAUAGCAAUUACAGCACACAUGCUUCAAAGCUAACCCAUGUCUUCCACAGAUACUGAGCUGUACAGUAUGUACACUGAACUAAAAUAUAAACACAGCAUGUAAAUGUUGGUCCCAGGUAUCAUGAGCUGAAAUAAAAGAUCCCAGACAUUUUCCAUAUGCACAAAAUGCUUAUUUCUCUCAAAUUUGAUUACAGAAAGUGAACAUUUCUUCUUUACCAAGACAAUUCAGCCAACUGACAGUUGGGGCAUAUCAAGAAGCUGAUUAAACAGCAUGAUCAUUACACAGGUGCAUCUUGUGCUGGGGGCAAUAAAUGGCCACACAACCAUGCCACAGAUGUCUCAAGUUUUGAGGAAGCGUGCAAUUGGCAUGCUUACUGCAGGAAUGUUCACCAGAGUUGUUGCCAGAUAAUUCAAUGUUAAUACAGAUGCAUAUCUGUAUUCCCAGUCAUGUGAAAUACAUAGAUCAGGGCCUAAUGUAUUUAUAUGUCAAUUGACCG